CAGAGCGAAUCUGAGCCAUGAAGCAGCAGGAUAGCUGAGAAUUCCCCCUUUUUAAAGCCAUUCCUGGCCAAACAUCGGAAACCAAGUCUCUCCGAAAGAUGACAAGGUAGAAGUCCUUUCUCACCCUAGCUUCCUGGUGUAAAAAAAAAGAGGUGCGCGUCUUGUGCUUCUGCUGACAGUGUUGUGCAUCUUACCAGAAGAAUUAUGGCUCCCAUAGCAACAACGAUGAUUUCCCAACCAACGAAUUUUGGUACGAACAGAAAGAGGCAAGAUUUCAAUUGCAAUGCCAACUCCUUGUUGUCUCAGUAUGCACCGACUGCCCUAUUCCCUUAUUUACCCUUGGAACAAACUCCCGACUUCCAGAAACUUCUAUCACCACCCUGGAAUCCCUUUACAAACAAUCGUUUCCAGUACAGCCCUUAUAACUCCUAUUCUAACAACAACAGCGUGCAGGAUUCUGUAGCAGAUAUCAGCGAACAACUUGCAGACUUGAGCAUUUUGGACAGAAGACCUUUAAAAAGACCUCCGCCAUCUUACCUGUGCCAUCUAUGUUUCCAAAAGGGACACUACAUCAAAGAUUGUCCUAAGGCCCGACCAAAAGAAGAAGGUAAAACUCCAUACCAAGGAAGAAAACGAUGUUUUGGAGAAUAUAAAUGUCCGAAAUGUAAAAGAAAGUGGAUGUCAGGAAAUUCCUGGUCAAACAUGGGACAAGAAUGUAUAAAAUGUCAUAUAAACGUAUACCCUCAUAAGCAAAGGCCACUGGAAAAACCUGACGGACUCGACGUUUCUGAUCAAUCGAAGGUACAUCCUCAGCAUCUUUGUCAAAAGUGCAAAGAAUUAGGUUAUUACUGCAGGAAGGUACAAUGAUGAACGAAAUUCUGAAAGUUCCAUUCAUUCAUUAAGUAUUAUAAUCUAUUAUUUUUUAUUUAUUCAUGUUUCACGCCAAAGUACUUAAUUAUUUUUAUAUUUUGUUGGUAUUUUAUAUAUAUUUUAUGUUGUGAAUGUUCUGUUGCAACCUAGAUAUAUUGUUUAAUUACGUGUCAUAUUUUUUUAAUUUAUAAUUUUCCUCUUUUUUUUAUAAAUAUGAGAAUUUUCAGAGAUUUAUAUAUUUUCAGCCGAAGUUUAAGAUAGGUUAUAGAUGUUGUACAAGAUGUAUAUAUUAGCUACAGAAAUAUUACGCUAUUUGUUAUAAUUUUUUUCCUCAAAAAAUCCUGUUAUGUUAUAAAUAUAUACGUAUUCGAUGAUGUAACUAUAAUAAUAAAUGAAUACAGAUGUU